GGGGGCGGAGCGGAGGGGAAGUAGGGCAGCGGGCGGUGUGUUAUGGGGCGCAGUAGGUGACAUGUGGCCCCCGGUGUGGGGGGGGGACGUCCUCCUGGUGCCGCUCUACUGCGCCGCCCUGCUGGUCACCGUGUGUACCGUCCGCCACCUCCUGAGACAGCGGAGACCCCGGGGCUUCCCACCGGGACCUACCGGACUCCCCCUCAUAGGGAACAUCCUGAGCCUGAACUCCACCGAACAACCCCACGUCUACAUGACCCGGCUCAGCCACUCCCACGGGGAGAUCUUCAGUCUGGACCUCGGUGGGAUCUCCACCGUCGUUCUGAAUGGUUAUGAUGCGGUGAAGGAGUGUCUGGUGCGCCAGAGUGAUGUCUUCGCUGACCGUCCAUCACUCCCGUUAUUUCUAAAGAUGACCAAGAUGGGAGGUCUGUUGAACGCGAAGUACGGCCGCUGUUGGACGGAGCACCGGAAGUUGGCGGUGAGCUGCUUCCGGAAUUUUGGUUAUGGUCAGAAAUCUUUCGAAAGUAAAAUUUUAGAAGAGUCCUUUUUUUUCCUGGACGCCGUGGACACCUACAAGGGGAAAGCCUUCGAUCCGAAGCACCCGAUCACCAUCGCCGUCUCCAACAUCUCCAACCUCAUCCUGUUCGGGGAGCGCUUCCGGUACGACGACAACGAGUUCCUGCACAUGAUCGAGAUCUUCAGCGAGAACAUCGAGCUGGCCACCAGCGCCUGGGUCUUCCUCUACAACGCCUUCCCGCUCAUCGGCUUCCUGCCCUUCGGCAAGCACCAGCAGCUGUUUAAGAACGCCGACGAGGUCUACAACUUCCUGCUGCGUUUAAUCGAGCGAUUUUCGGAAAACCGCAAGCCGCAUUCGCCGCGGCACUUCAUAGACGCCUAUCUGGAUGAAAUGGAGAAGAAUGCCGCAGAUCCCAACAGCACGUUGUCCACGGAGAACCUGAUAUUCUCAGUGGGAGAGCUGAUCAUUGCCGGGACCGAGACCACGACCAACGUCCUCCGCUGGGCUAUCCUCUUCAUGGCGCUCUACCCCAACAUCCAAGGUCAGGUCCAGAAAGAGAUCGAUUCCGUGGUUGGACCAAACCGCAUCCCAUCCUUAGAAGAUCGUCCCGCCAUGCCGUACACCGAGGCCGUCCUCCACGAGAUCCUGCGAUUCUGUAACAUCGCCCCGCUGGGGAUUUUCCAUGCCACAUCCAGAGACACUGUGGUCAGAGGGUACUCCAUCCCCGCGGGCACCACCGUCAUCACCAACCUCUACUCUGUGCACUUCGACCAGAAGUAUUGGACCAAUCCGGAGAUCUUCUACCCAGAGAGGUUCCUGGACAGCGGCGGGCAGUUCAUCAAGAAGGAGGCCUUCGUCCCCUUCUCAUUGGGCCGCCGCCACUGUCUGGGGGAACAGCUCGCCAGGAUGGAGCUUUUCCUGUUCUUCACGACCCUCCUCCGCCGCUUCCACCUCCAUUUUCCGCACGGCGCAGUACCGAAUCUGAAACCGAAGCUCGGCAUGACCCUGCAGCCGUAUCCAUACCUGAUCUGUGCUGAGAAACGUUAGCGGUGUGACCCGAUGGGCGGGCUGGGGGAGGAGACGAGGUAACCGCGUGAAGAAUGGCGCCUUAUCCUGGAUACCUGACCGCCCGCGGCAGCCAUAUUGGAGCUUGGGGGAUGGUGUACUCCAUGUAUGACGGUGGGGGAUGGUGCUCUCCAUGUAUGACGGUG